GUUACACAUGGGGUCAUGUUUAUACUUUUGCAUGUUGGGCACUUUUCGUUGACAGUUCAAAUGUCAGUAGUUUGAGGCGUUAAUCUGUUCUAUGUUUGAUUAGUCCUAUCUCUACAGCGUUUUGAGUUGACACUGAACUCUACUUCUAUAUCACGGAGAAUCGCGAGCUAUGAGUGCAAUAAUCCCUCGAAUCGAGCAGUUGUCGUCCAGAGUUGUGCGAAUUCUUGGGUGUAAUCCUGGACCAAUGACACUGCAAGGAACCAACACAUAUUUAGUUGGAACUGGCAAAAGACGAGUGUUAAUAGAUACAGGAGAGCCUUCAAUCCCAGAGUAUAUAAAUUCUCUCAAACAAGCCUUGAGCCAGUUCAACACCACCAUCCAGGAGAUCAUUGUCACCCAUUGGCAUCAUGACCACACAGGUGGCGUGUCUGACAUCUGCAGGGACAUCAGUGGAGAGUUACAAGUCAGCAAACUUCCUCGAUCCCCACCGGCCGACGAGAGAAUAGGAUCUGAAAGGACAUACACGUAUCUGAAAGAUGGAGAUUUCAUCGAAACAGAGGGGGCUACACUAAAGGUCCUAUUCACCCCAGGUCACACAGAUGACCACAUGGCUUUAAUUCUGGAGGAGGAAAAGGCCAUCUUCUCAGGAGACUGCAUCUUAGGAGAAGGAACCGCUGUGUUUGAAGACUUGUACGACUACAUGAGGUCCUUACACAUCCUACUAGAUUCAAGUGCUGACCUGAUUUACCCAGGUCACGGCCCAGUGGUCCACAAUGCUGGCUUGAAGAUUAAGGAGUACAUCACACACAGAAACCUGAGGGAGAAGCAGAUCCUUGGAGUGCUCCAGGCGGCAGGAGAGCAGACACUCUCCUCUAUGGAGCUGGUGAAAGUUGUUUACAAGGAAACCCCUGUACAUCUCCAUAGGGCAGCAGAAGUAAACCUUGUACAUCACCUGACAAAACUGGAAAAGGAGGGAAAAAUAUCUAUUGCAGAUGAUUCUUCCCAAGUCAACAAAUGGAAGAGUAACUUGUGAUUUAAUGUAGAAUACAACUACGCUGGAUGGACAAACUAACAUUUAGAUUUGCUCACAAACAACAUUCAAGAUAUAUUUGCCCAUUGCAUUUGAGAUGGCCUUAUUAUAGUUGUAGACAAGUAUUCUUAAUUUGACCAAGUGGAAGAAUAUUUGAAAACAGAAGUGUAUUUGUGAAGGUUUGAGAUGAAGGUUUAUGCUGCAAGCCUCAUCGUAGUUUGGGCAAUGGAGAGAAAAUACAACUGAUAUAGAGCAAUAACAGACCUUCACAUGAGGUAUUUUGCAUUUAAAAUAAGAUGCCUGUCUUGUGUGCACUGAAUAUCUGGACAUGGGCAGAUUAGACAAAACAUUUUUGUAUGUGCAGAACUUUUCAUGAUGAGUAUUACUAAAAAUUAGGACUGGAAUUGAGAAAUUAAACACUUAAUAAUAAAUAUGUGUUAAUAUGUACUUGAAAAAUCCCUAUGGAUAAUACAUACAUGGACCACAAUUUUGCCGAUUUUGCAGUUCAGUUAUGUAAUUUGUGAAGGCAAACACCAGGUGGCAGUGUUUGUUAAUUAAUAGUGGUUAUCUUUAUCUGAAUAUGAAGAGUCAUUUCUUGUUUUAGCCAGUUUGUUUUUUCUCUAAUCAUAACUCCCAUGCCAAUAGCCAAGAUAAACAGAACCUGUAGUUUACUCCAAUAAUAAUUGUGAAUAUUAAACAGA